AUGUUAUUAAACAAUUAUAAUUAAUAAGAGUUUAAAAAAUUUGAAUAGGUGUUUUAAAUUAAAAAUGAAAAAUAUUUGAACAUUCUUACUAAUUUUAAAUAAAGAGUAGCAUCCAAUUAAAACAAUAAAUAACAAAGCGUAUAUAAAUCCUUAUUUGCUGCCAUCACAUCCAAAAUACCUAAUUCUGGAAAGGGUCUAUUGAAAAACUUUUAAAAUUACUUAUUGUAAAGAAAGAAGUCUUCAAUUGUGUAAAUGUUAGAAAACCUAUUUUUAAACGAAUUGAAAAUUGAUGAACUAUAAUCAAUUUUGACCAUGUAUGAUUCCAGAGUUAAGAAUAUAUCAAGAUUAGAAUUCGGUUUAUUGUCCACUAUCAAAGGCAUUUUGGUAUGCUUUACUGAAGGAGCUUGUUAUAAUGAAUAUGCUGAGUUGAGUGACUUUGCUAAAAGCAUAAAUAAAGUGAUAAUUUACGGUGGAAAUAAAAUAUAUAAUGCAGAGGAAUUUUUAGUCUAAUUUCAAUGA